CGGUGUCCCAGGUGAGUCCUGCGCCGGGUACUUAACCCUGGAGACAGAGGAGGAGAGGGAGCCUGCCACGGAGAGAGUGAUGGGAAAAGCCGAGUGAGGGAUCUCUGCUUAUGGAAAGUACGCCAUGUGUGACGGCAGCAGCGAUACGGACAAAGACCUUUAUGGAUUUGAAGAUGAGCAUCAGUACAGAAUUUGUCCAGGAAAAUACCUCUAUAGCCCAUAUUCCAAAAAGACCACCCAGAUUGUGUUUGAUACCCAGUCUGGGAAGCAGGUGGCCCGGCUAAAGGAACCUCGGGACCUCUAUGGGGUGUCAUCAAACAGCUUCCACCAGCUGCCAAGGUGGCCCUACGAAUGCGAGGUGCUGAAGGAGAAAGUUCAACAUCUUGACUGGAGCCCACCCACUCCAGAGCCAAUGUACAAAGCCACGGGGCAAGAGCAGGAACCACCGUGUGUGGAGCCCACGGUGGGCAAGGUGGUCUAUCUAGCAAAUGAAGGAAACAAGGAGCCCUGCUACAUGUAUUCCAAAGCGGGUGGGAAUCGCCCCCUUAGGGACGUCACCCCCGAGAGCUGCAGAGACCUCGGGGACACUUUGGCUUUUGAGGCACGUUUUGAGAGUGGGAAUCUCCAGAAGGUGGUCCAGAUCGGUGAACAUGACUACCAGCUGACGCUCCGCACCGACCUGUACACCGAGCGUCACACCCAGUGGUUUUACUUCCGAGUGAGGAACACGCGGGCCAACGUGCUGUACCGCUUCACCAUUGUCAACUUCAGGAAGCCCAACAGCCUCUACAACCAAGGCAUGCGGCCCCUCGUGUACUCCGAGAUAGAGGCCAAAACCCACCGCGUUGGGUGGCACAGAGUGGGCGAAGAGAUCAAAUACUACAAGAACAACCUGAGUCAGUACGGGAAUCCCUGCUAUUCUCUCUCAUGGACCUUCAAGCUUCCGCACAGCAUGGACACGUGUUAUUUCGCGUACAGCUACCCGUACACCUAUUCCAACCUUCAGGACUACUUGGCCGGGAUAGCCACGGACCCCAAGAAGUCCAAGUGCUGUAAAAUCCGACUUCUCUGCCAAUCCUUGGCUGGUAACAUGGUGUACGUGCUGACCAUCACAAACCCCAACGCAACUACCAUAGAAAGGAAGAAGAAGAAGGCUGUGAUCGUAACGGCCAGAGUUCAUCCAGGGGAGACCAACAGCUCAUGGGUAAUGAAAGGGUUCUUGGAUUUUAUUCUGAGUCCCCAUAAAGAUGCCUGCCGCCUGCGAGACGCCUUCGUCUUUAAGGUUGUACCCAUGCUGAACCCUGACGGGGUGAUUGUGGGGAACCACCGCUGCUCUCUCGCCGGCCGAGACCUGAACCGGAACUACAAGUGCAAGCUGAAGGACAUCUUUCCUUCGAUAUGGUUUACCCGCUACAUGAUCCAGCGCGUGAUGGAGGAGCGAGAGGUCCUCUUGUACUGCGAUCUUCACGGGCACAGCAGGAAGCAGAACGCCUUUAUGUACGGCUGCUCGGCCAAACGCGGCCAGUCGGCAGGGGGCAACUUGGCCGAGCGGAUUUUCCCGCUCAUGCUCGCCAAGAACUGCCCUGAAAAGUUUUCUUUCUCAGACUGCAAGUUCAAAGUGCAGAAGAGCAAGGAGGGCACCGGCCGCGUGGUGGUGUGGAGAAUGGGUGUGAAGAACAGCUACACUCUGGAGUCCACGUUCUGCGGCUCCACGCUGGGGAAACGACGCGGGACCCAUUUCAGCACCCAGGACCUGGAGUCCGUGGGACAUCAUUUCUGUACCACUCUGUUGGAUUAUUGUGAUCCAAAGAAAAGGACGGAACUGGAGGAAAUGCUGAAGCAGAGGAAACGCCGGCACAGCAGCAGCUCGCCCUUAAAUUCCUUUAUAGAUGUUCUGUCUGAUCAAGAUGAGAGCACUGAUGGCUCGGAUAGCUCCGAUUCUGACGGACCUCCUGCCCAUCUGAUGGGCCUUGCUGAUAAGGUGAUGCCCAAGAAGAAAGUACUGAAAUCAAUAAAAGAAAGAAAUGCCUCUAAGGACGCAAAGCAACGUUUAAAGGACGAAGAUGAAACCACGGUGGGGAGGAAACUCUUUAUGACUGUGGAUGGAGGAUUGAGCGCAGUCACUAAGCCAACGGGAACGCCGGAGAAGACAGACUCCAAACAGAAGAUGGCCCAAAGGAGCACUUUUCCUAAACUUCAGGGCGGUCAGUCCCACCAAGAUCCCAGCAGGAAAAAGGUCUCCGUGGUCCACCUGGUGUUCAACUCCAAAGGAGAUGUCAUUACGACCAAGGAACCACCGGAUCACGCAAAUAAGAAAGGGGUCAUGUCUGUAAACGGCUUCAAGUGGGACAUACCUGCACCUUUAUUCAAAAGUUUCUUGUUCCAGAGACUCCCUGUUAUCGGCGUCUUUCAGCAUUGUGGCUAUUGUGACGUCCGAGUUGGCCACAGCGACUCCAACGCGUGCCGUGAGUACCGGUCCGCAGAAGACGGUCCGUCCACGCGUGAUCCAGGUCAUUUCAAAAUGCCUUUCCCCAAAUGGUGACCAAGCCUGGUGCAGCAGGGCCUUUCCCACCACCCACUGCCGCGCAAGUCCCAAAAAAUUGGACGAUACCGUGAUAACAACGAGUACAACGGGAACCUGGGUGAUGGGAUGUCACCAUACAUUACAUGGAAUAAGACGCUAAAAGAAUGUGUCAGACCCCAGGUGGUAACAAAUCCGAUCAGAAUGUCUUUGAAAGUGCUUGAGUCUAGAGCGUCACCAUUACCAAGAAUGCCACACAUCGCGGGUGUUCCAUCUAGAGUGCCCUCCAUGAAGUAGAGGACUUGAAACAGCUGCCAUAGCAACACCGGACACUUUGGAUCAAGUAUUGGGCUGCACUGGUAGGAAUCACCCACAACCUCAUCAGGACAAAAUCAUAUGGAUUUAGUUACAGUUAGGAAUACAGAAUGUACAGUAUAACAAUGGGCAUUGUAUGGUUGAAAGACAAUAAACUAUAAGUAUUUUGGA